GAAGUGAUGCAGGGGAGGCUGAGCCCGAGUGGGAGCCCUGGCCGCUGAAAGGAGCUGGUGCGGAGGGGAAGUCAAUUUAUUGGACUGUGGUCAUAAUGCAUCAUUUUGGAGGUGCUUCCACAAUUGAGGGUCAGAUAAAGAUGACCUCUUGUUGAUACCUCAGUGAUGAAGAGGCUGUUCCCUUAUUUAUUUCUUUAGUGUCAUCUACAUACAUGGUGCUUUACAAAAAAACAGGUUCUGGACUUCAUGGAUGCCCAGCCAUGCUUUGAAGACUUGUGACCACUGCUGUUGGGCUCAUGGUCUAUACACUCACUGUGAGAGAAGAGUCACCCUUGGAAUACCCUGCCAGAAAGAACAGGUGUUCCAUGGAGAGACCCUGAUGCGAGGGUGGAGAGUCGGACUCAUUGCUGCAAUGCCUUCCUGCUCCUCUGAGGAUAGCAUGUUGCUCCACCGUCAAUGAUGGCAUGCUGAGACCCACCAAGCAGCGGCGGCGUGGGCGUACGAUAGCAAGGGGGCCGCUCUAACCGCUGGGCGUGGGACACCAUGGGCCAGUGCGUCACCAAGUGCAAGAAUCCUUCUUCCACUCUUGGCAGCAAAAAUGGCGACCGAGAAUCGAGCGGCAAGGCUCACGGCAAGCGGAGCACGAUUCACAAGGAGGAACACUGCACCGUCGGGGGGAAAUCCUCCGGGGACAUCCUGGUUAACGGGACAAAGAAGAUGGAAGCCUCUGUAGAGUCUAGUCAGCCCCCUUCUUCUUCCGGGGAUGCGAAGAAGGAGCCAGUUUCUGGCACGGAGGAAUCGUCCCUCCACAGGACUGAGGAAUUAUUUAGGAGGUACAAAGACGAGCGAGAAGAUGCCAUAUUGGAGGAAGGCAUGGAGCAUUUUUGCAACGACCUCUGUGUUGACCCUACCGAAUUCAAAGUCCUCGUCCUGGCAUGGAAGUUCCAGGCAGCUACCAUGUGCAAAUUCACAAGGACGGAGUUCUUUGAGGGCUGCAAAGCAAUAAACGCAGACAGCAUCGAUGGGAUAUGUGCCCGGUUCCCCAGCCUCUUAAACGAAGCCAAACAAGAAGAUAAGUUCAAGGAUCUUUACCGUUUUACCUUUCAGUUUGGCCUGGACUCCGAGGAAGGACAGAGGUCGCUGCAUCGGGAAAUAGCCAUUGCCCUUUGGAAACUAGUCUUCACUCAAAACAAGCCCCCGAUAUUGGACCAGUGGUUACACUUCUUGAAUGAGAACCCCUCAGGAAUUAAGGGAAUCUCCCGGGACACGUGGAACAUGUUCCUCAAUUUUACUCAGGUCAUUGGGCCGGACCUCAGCAAUUACAGUGAAGAUGAGGCCUGGCCCAGUCUCUUUGAUACCUUUGUGGAAUGGGAAAUGGAGAGGCGGAAGAAGGAGGAGAACACCAAAUGCGUUGCAGCUUCACAGACAGCAAGCCUGUGUAUAGACCACCAUACUUAGUGCCAUUUAACACAGCGAAAACAGCCGUAACCUGUUAACCUUUCAUUACCCAUAAGCUCCGGACUCCUCUGGAAUUUACAGACGCUCCAGAUUUUUCUACUUUACACCUUUCUCUGCCUUGUAUUUUUGAAAGGGCUCUAAAAUGCUGUAUCCAUAUUUUAGGCACUUUCUUUUGAAUUUUGGGUUAUUCUCGUUUCUUCUUCCCCCCUGCCCCCUGAAAUGUUUGAGACCCCUGGCUGCAAGUUAAAUGGUUUCUUUUUCUCUUUUUCAAAAAACGUUGCAGAUUGAUGUUGGUUGCACAACUUUAAAAAAAACAAAAACUUUUUGUGAGGUUAAAUUAACAUCGCUAAAUUAUACAGUGCCAGAUUGAAGUUCUGCAAAUAUACAUACAUAUAUAUAUGUGUGUGUAUAUAUAUGUAUGUAUAUAUUUCAGAGCAGGUCUAUACUGUGUGUAGUGCUGUUUACAUUGUUGAAUUUUUUUUUAAAAAAAGGUUGUGAUAAUUUUACGAUUCAUACCAUGAUGAAUUAACAGUGUUAACUGUUAACUACAAAUGCAUUUAAUUCCCAGGUAAAUAAGAUUCUGAAAGCCAAUGAAAGCAGCAUCGUUUCCUUUUUUUUGUAGCAUGGUUAGCUUCCUUUAAUUUGGCUCCUGGUUUUUAUGGGCGAGGAAAAAAGCUUACUUUUGUCUGAAAGAGUAUUCUGUACUUGCCAGUCAGCUGAGAAUUCAGUAAUAACCUUUUUUGAACCCUUGGUUCUGAGGCAAUAGGGAGCAGUAUAUGGUUUGGUAGAGAGGGCUGUUUUUUUUUUACUUCUUGCCUUCCACUCUCCGCCCCCCCCCCAACACGAAAAAGAAAAUUCUGCCAUAAUUUGGGGCAGCUUUGCACAUAGGCUCUGUUCACACCGACAGGAUGCCAAGCAUGUACUAUAAGGGGGUGAAAACUAAGCCAGGUGUGGGGAACAUUUGGUCCUCUAGAUAUUGCUUAACUGCAACUCUAGCACAGCCAGGGAUGAUGGGAGCUGUAUUUUAGCAAUAUCUGGAGCACUAGAGGUUCCCCACACCCAAACUAGGCAGCCUUGCAGGGAUGGUGCUAAUGCAAGCCCUUUUCCGAUAGCAUUAAGUGACGGGAUUCUCCUCUGUGUACAAUAGGCCUUGCCACUUUCCGGCUGCAAACUGGCCAUCCCUCACUGUGUGUAAAGGGCGUAAGAGCUUUGCUAGCUCGGUUAUAAGGUUGUAGUCACUCCUCUGCCCACCCGCUCCCCAAAUCCCCAAGGGAUUGUAUUUUCACGGCCGUGCAAAAGCGCUUUUGCUUGACUGAAAAGCCAAAGGUGGUUCUUCUUCUUCUUUCAGGAGCAUGAACCUAGAGAGAAGUGGCGAAUGUUUACCCUCCAAGGAAAUAAUAAAAAAAAAACACACACACACAACUUGAAUAAAAACUCUGCUUUAAUUUUAUAUAUUUGACUCUUGGAUAAAAGUGUCAACCCUGUUUGGCUGGUAACUAUCUGUAUAAGAGGGUGUGUUUUAAAACAACAGCAACUACAAACAAGCCUUUGGUUUUGAAAUCAGAGUAGUAGCCAUUUCUUCUCUGCUCUAAGAAAUGAGCUCCAGCUGAAUACGAUUUCCACUCUUCUCCUGGGGCCUUCCUGUGUCUUUAUUAGCAGCAGCCUGGCCAGGUAGUUCGGCAGAUGUUCCUUUGGCUCACAUAGAAAUUCAGAGGUAGCAAAAGCUUGGAUUUCUGUUUCAUCUGCUGCUGUCGAAAAGGCCCAGAAUUAACCAGAGUGGAGGGAACCCUGUUUUGGAAUAAUAUUUAGCAGUGACACGGUAGGCCUCUUAUUUUGGGGUGUAUUUCUUUUAAAUUUUACCUGUAUUGGGGAUGAUUUGCUCUCUUUCAACUGUUGUAACUAAAAAAAGGGAGUUUCCUUAACACUGGCCGGAUUAUGUUGUUAACUGGAUUUUUGAAAAACAUUGUUAACAUUUUUAAAACUUGGGGAAAGGAAUAGUUGCUGAGGCUUUCACCUGAAGUGAGCCUCGCCUCCAUAUGGCUGUCUUUUUUUAAAUCUAUAAAAUAUCCAGUCACUCAGUGAAGGCUCGCAAAAGUAGGUUUUACUCCCCCCCCCUUUAAACAUACUUAAUGCACCCUUUCCCCAACUUGCUAUCCUGCAGAUCUUGUAGGACUACAAAUCCCAUGUGGGAGCUAUGGUCCAGCAUGCAGAGGACACCAGGUUGACGAAGGCUGGCUUAACGAGUAACAGACUCACUCGAGCUUUGUUUUUAAAAGUAAUCCAUCUACCGAUACAUCCCAUUGUGUGUAAUUUGUGAUGAAUGGGAAAGCCAAUUGUGUGGUAGGUUGGACAGGGGCAUUGAAGACCGCACCCCCUUUGCAGUUGCCCUGUAACCAUGCAAUGUGCAGAAGCAGGCUAGUUCCUCCACCUCUACAGCUCUUCCUGCAAGAGAAUCACUUCAAAGUCACACACACCUUUCUUUCUCUAGUAUGCCCCCCCCUUCCCCUUUCCUAAUGAAGUUUGCAUGGGUGCACUUGGAUUAUCCCAAUUAGUAAUUCCAUCAAGACAAAUUCUUCUAGAUCUGAAAUUGCCAACAGUCCCAAGCUGGAUAAAAAAAAUAAAAUAAAAAUACUUUAAAUUCACACCCUCUCUCGCCUGUCAGGAGCAGGAAUUGACAUUCAUUUGUUUGUUGAUGAAUAUUGACUGCAUAAAAACACCUUUUUAAAAUUG